AUGGGGAACAUGCUGACGGAGAUCGUGGCCUUCGUCCUGUCCGUCUCCGGGUGGAUCCUGGUGUCCUCCACGCUGCCCACCGACUACUGGAAGGUGUCCUCCGUGGACGGGACGGUCAUCACCACGGCAACCUUCUGGUCCAACCUGUGGAAGACGUGUGUGACCGACUCCACCGGAGUGUCCAACUGCAAGGACUUCCCGUCCAUGCUGGCCCUGGACGCUUAUAUCCAGGUGUGUCGUGGUCUGAUGAUAGCCGCUGUGUGUCUGGGUUUCUUUGGAUCCAUCCUGGCUCUGAUCGGGAUGAAGUGCACCAAGAUCGGAGGAUCAGAGACCAUCAAGGCUCGUCUUACCGUCCUGUCGGGGUUCCACUUCAUCCUCAGCGGUCUCUGCUGUCUGACGGCCUGCUCCAUCUACGCUCACAGGAUCACCACCGACUUCUUCGACCCGCUCUUCGUGGCCCAGAAGUUUGAGCUGGGAGCGGCUCUGUUCAUCGGCUGGUCCGGCUCGGUGCUGUGCAUGCUGGGAGGACUGGUCUUCUGUCUGUCCCUGUCUGAAGGCUCCAGCAUGAGAGCGGAGUAUUCGUACGCUGGAGCUGCAUCGUUUGUGACGUCACGCAACAAGCAGAAGAAGCCGGUCGGCAGCCUGCAGAAGGAGGCAGCAGAGCCGCCGCGGCAGUUUGGAAGAAACGCUUACGUGUGA